UGUUGUUGUUGUUGUUGUUGAGUCAUUUUUUUUCUAAAUUCAAUAGCUUAAAAUGUAUAAUAAUAAUCUUACUCUUCACACGAAUAAAUUGUAUGUUGAAAUAUUGGGUACCAAUAUAGAACAAAACCUAUUGAAUCGAAUGUCAAUAAAUUUGCUCGAAUCACGAUUAAAAGUACUUUGUUUUCAUGAAGAAAAUUUGUACAAAUUACAAUCAACUUUUGAACAAACAAAACAUCCAUCUUCAUACAAAUUGCAAUUAUUACUUGAUGAAAUAUCAAAUUGUUUGGUAAACAUGAAAUCAACCACCGAACAAGUUUUGAAAAACAAACGAAAUCAAGAAAAUGAAAAUAAAUGGAAAAAUUCGAAACAAAUUGACAGUAGUUACGAUGGAUAUCGUUCAAGCUCUUAUGAAGAUCCGAUCAAAUUGAACGAGUCUAAAUCCGAAAAUGUAAAUGAUUAUAAGUAUGUGUAUCAAUUAUCGGCAUCCUCAUCCAAUGAAUCGCUUAUCGGAUAUGAAAAAUUGGUGUCAAAGAUAAACAUGCAGGAUGAGAAUGACGACAAUAGUGACAACGAAUCCGCCAAUUCAUCGCAUAUUCCAUAUGAUUAUUUACACGAUGACGGUGAUGAAAAUCAUGAAUCAUCAAAAGUUUUGGUCGAUAAUCCCACAUCGUCACAUACAUCAAAAGUAUCACAGGUUAAUUGCGUGAAUUUCGACGAUCUUUUCAAUGAAGGGAAUUUAUUUUACAUUUAUGACGAAUGGCGUAAUUGGUUUGAUUUCAAUCCUGAUCUCGAUGAACGUUUUGGGCUUGAUUUUUACAAUGAUAAAGCUUUUAAAAAUUUGGAAAAACCACAGAAAGAUGAUGAUUUUCAUAUCUCAUUGUAUAAGAUUUUCAGCGAUAAAAAUCCCUGGAAUAAGGAUGAAAAAUUGACACAGAUAGAAAAUUUACAAAUCAAUACUAAACAAGAUUUACUAAUGUUGGUCGAAUGUGUUUAUUACAAAUGGAUCUUUACUCGAAAUGUUCAUGACCAUUUGUUUGAUGUUUGUAAUGAAUUAUUCGAUGAAUUGGCUGUUAUAGAAGAAAACAGUUCACUUGUUCAUAUCACUUUUGGACAAUUGUUAAGCUCAAAAUGUCGUUCAUUAUUUUUCAUUUCUGACAAUCUUGAUGCUCAAUCGCUUACUUUUUUCCGUAAUGCUAAAUUUAUUUCAAACUUGUGUAAAACUAAAAUAUUGGAUCCAAGAAUUAUCAUCGUUUGCUUGUAUUUUUUAUGUAAAUCAAAAAAACAAAUUUGUCUUGAAGCUUUUCUUCAAAUGGUAACCACUUGGUACGGAAUUUAUGAACUAAAAACAUUGUCAGAAUCCAGUUCGAACGCUCGGAAUGCUAUUGAUUUUAUUUUCGAUCAAUUGGAACAAUUUAUUUUGGAUAUCGAAAAACAACAAAAAAAAGAGUUCGAUCAGGAAAAGAAUCUAUCAAAGAAUCCAUCAAAGAAAGAAUCAUCACCAUUUAAACCAGAUGUAUCGAAAAUUACUUUUGGAAGAUUGAAAGAAACAUUGAAUGCUUAUGAUUUAGUUUUUCGUACUACUUAAUGAUAUAUAUGAUGAUCAUCAUGCUUAAUUUAAUAAUAAUUACAUAACGAUAUUUGAUUUAAA